AUGGUUAAAAAUGUUAAAAUAUUAUUUAUUUUAAUAGAUGGUAUAGGUGAUAUUGGUAUAAAUGAAAAGCAAAAAAAAACACCUCUUCAAACAGCCAAUAUUCCUACAUUUGAUGCAUUAGCAAAAAGAGUUGAUAGGGAUUUUGAUAAAUGGGGACUUGAAUUAAUAGAUACAAUAAAUGGUUUAAGAGUUCCUGGUUUUCCUGAUCAUUUUAUUAAAGUAUAACAUGCAACAGAACAUAGGUGUGGAGUUAUUCUUUCUGGGCCAGGCCUCACAGACAAAAUUACAGGCACAGAUCCACUUAAGGAUAAUUUAGUCUUAAGAAAAGUGGUAGGAACAAAUUAAGAAGGUAACUACACUGCCCAAAUAGUUAAUUCUUUAAGUGAUGAAAUACAUAGAGUUCUUGAAAAUCAUCCUUUAAAUAAAGAAAGGGCUAAAAAAGGGCUUGUUAAAGCAAACAUUGUAUUAUUAAGGGGUGCAGGAAUGAAACUAAAAGUAGAAACAUUUGAGGAUAAACAUAAAAUUAAACCAUUUAUGAUAGCACCAACAGCAAUAAUAAAUGGUUUAGGAUAAACUUUAGGGAUGAAAAUAGUUAAAGCAGAAGGUGCUACAGGUGAUUAUCAUUCAAAUUUCAAAAGCAAAUUUUAAACUGCAUUUUAAUUCUUUUAAUAAAAUCCUUAGUUUAAUUUUGGAUUUCUACAUGUUAAAGCUGUUGAUGACUGCGGACAUGAUAAGGAUUUGGAAGGAAAAAUUAAAUAUUUAGAAAUUAUUGAUUAAUGUUUAAAUGAUUUUUUGUAAAAUGCUUAAUCUAAUAAUUUGGCAUAAUAGGAAUAUAUAAUCUGCCUUACCGGAGAUCACACUACUCCAGUUCAAGUAGGAGAUCAUUCUUUCGAGCCAGUUCCUGUGGCUAUUUCUUCAAGUUCUUCUACAAUUAAUUUAUUAAAAAAAGAUAAUAACAGUUAAAAAAAUUUAUUUAAUGACUAAGUUCAAUAAUAUGAUGAAGUAAGUGCAUGCAAAGGUGUUUUAGGAAGAUUUGUAGGAAGUUAAUUAAUAGAAAUUUUAUUAAAACUUAGAAAUCAUUUAUUAUUAUAAAAAUGA